CCUUGGCAUGCAGAAUUAAACUUUCCUGCAGUCGAUGUCGGUUUCUAUGCAACCAGCGUAUCGAUUCCUCCCACUAUCCCAAGCAAUUCUUUAUCGAUGUUGUCCUUGCAUUUGCCGGAGCAAUUGCUUCAAUAAGAAACGAACUUGUGGAUGGAGUUGUUAUUCACCUCAAGAAAUCCCUGUAGAAGCUCCAGCCGAAAUGGGUCGCAAAGAAGCCAACAGCGAGUGGAAGAAGACCACCAACAACAUCCAGGAGGUGUUCGACUUCGUGGAGGUGCUGGGAUCGGGGGCGUUCUCGGAGGUAUACCUGGUGAAGGAGAGGAAGACAGGAAAUGACUUCGCCAUAAAGUGCGUAAAGAAGAAACAGAAGAAGAACAACAUCCUGGAGAACGAGAUCACUGUGCUGAGAAGGAUUCAGCAUGAGAAUGUGGUGAGACUGGAGCAGUUCUACGAGAGCCGGACCCAUUACUACCUGGUCAUGGAGCUCGUUUCUGGGGGCGAGCUCUUUGACCGCAUUCUGGACCGCGGGGUUUACACGGAGAAGGACGCCAGCCUGGUGAUCCAGCAGGUGCUGAACGCCGUCGGCUACCUCCACAAGAACGGCAUUGUACACCGUGACCUGAAGCCUGAGAACCUCCUCUACUACAGCCAGGAUGAGAACUCCAAAAUCAUGAUCAGCGACUUUGGCCUCUCCAAGAUGGAGGACAAUGGUGUCAUGAGAACAGCCUGUGGAACCCCUGGAUAUGUGGCUCCUGAGGUGCUUGCCCAGAAACCCUACAACAAGGCAGUGGACUGCUGGUCUAUCGGAGUCAUCACCUACAUCCUGCUCUGUGGAUACCCUCCUUUCUAUGAAGAGACAGAGACACGGCUCUUCUCCAAGAUCAUGAGAGCGCAGUACGAGUUUGACUCUCCGUUUUGGGAUGACAUCUCUGAAUCUGCAAAAGACUUUAUUCGCAGCAUGCUGGAGAAGAACCCCAAAAAGCGCUACACCUGUGAGCAGGCCCUCAGACACCUUUGGAUCAUUGGAGAGACUGCACGCAGCCAGGACAUCUACCACUCUGUCAGCAUGCAGAUCCAGAAGAACUUCGCCAAGUCCAAGUGGAAACAAGCCUUCAAUGCGACGGUGGCCAUAAACCACAUGAAGAAACUGCAGUUGGCCCACAGUGAGAUGGUCGCCAAGCAAGCCCAGGGACCUGUGCCCGACAUCAAGGUCGUUGACCUUUCCUCCCCCGGCCCGUCUCGCAAGAACCUGGUCCCGGAGAACCUGGAACCCAACGGCAACCUGUCUCACGGUCACAUGACGCUGCCGUCCAAUCCGAAGAUCAUAGAGUCCGGUCCCUACAGCCUCACGAGGCCCAGUCACAGCGAGUCGACGUACACGGAAAGCUGCCACGCCAACACGCUGACGGAGAAGGGCAAGCACACCUACCACUCUGAGCCUGCCAACCUCAACGGCACCGUCAAACAGUACGGCACCAUGUUCAGGGGCUCCAAUGGGAAUGUGCAGACACUGCAGACACUGCAGACAGGCGUGUGCACGGUCAUGUGACCUGGAGCAGUGAGACGGUGACAAUACAGGUACGCAGGUCUGACAUCUUUUUCUGCUGAGUCCUUGGCUGCAGGACACUCAGUCAGCAGUUUGUGUGGACUGGCCAAUGGCGUGGACUGAAUGGCAGCAUUGACGUGGGAUGGCCUUUUGGCCAUUACGGAAACAACAUCCCUAAAUGUGGAGCAAUUCAGAAGAGCACAUAGACACACACACGCACACACACACAUUUAAACAUGUACAUAUUUACAGACAGUGGCACAUCCUAAUUAUCGUUCGUGAAGACCCACUUGCGUAGGAGGGCCAGAGCCACUCUAUAUGAAUGUACUGUAUAUACAUCUGCAUAAAGGAAUGCACUGUAAUCCCGCAGAGAGCUGUAUUUAAGACACAGUAUUACCCUCGGAGAAACCAAAGCGGUAUUGCAGUAGUGGAAUGCUAUGGGAAUUGUGUCUGUGUGAUUUAUUCAAGUGUAAAGUUUCUGUGUCCACGUGAAGCUACACUGGUAAAUGUAAUGUAUUGUACCAUACUGUACCAUUCAAGUACAUGACAAACGGCAAUACACAAUUGAUGUAGCUGUUCCAUAAUGAUCAAGGCUCUGUGGUAUGGUUAAAACACAGAAUGUGUGACCAUUUUAUAUUCUAUUUUUUGAUGAUUGUACAUAUAAACAUGUAUAACCAAGCUGCUGCAUGUUAGAGAGGAAAUAUCCGACAGUGAAGAGAUUGUACUUGUUCGUUACGAAUAUGAGAAAGCAAAUGGAGGCGUGUAAUACUGUAUUUCUGAAAUGCCAUAUUCAUGUGUUUCUGAAAUGCCAGAUUUUAUUUUUAAAUACGUUAAAUCCGGCAACGGAGGUGAGAAAUCUGGACAAUUAUUGAUGUGAAUGUCUUUUGGUGGUGUAAAUAUUUCUUUGAGUGUUGCCAACCCACCAACGCUCACACUUUUAGAGCGAAGGGUUUUUUUUCUGCUGUAAAUAUUUGAAUAAUCAUGUUAAAGAGAUUAUAUUUAAUAUGGGAUCUAUUAACACAUGUAAACUGAGCUGCUUGUGGCAUAUUUGUGAUUGGUCCGUGGAAAGAAUGGUGGUUUUAUUAAGUAUGUCCAGUAACUCUUACUUUUGUCUUUGCUAGUAUCUUGACCAAUAAAAAAAAAAGUGAAAGCUA